AUGCGACUACGAUCUAACGCCGUCUUGGACCCGUUGGCUCAACGGCAGACGUCCCGUCGCCGCCGUGGCACCCGAGCCUCGUCGGCCCAGGAGUCAGAGCCGGAAGCGACUGUCCCAGGACCAUCAUCAACACCGGCUACCCCAGAAGGCCGCCCUGCCAAAAAGGCCAAGGCACAGAAGGCCUCCCCCAAGAAGGAUAAGUCAGUUCCCACCCCAUUUGCUUCUCUCUGCGCCUCCCCAUUUGCUUCUCUCUGCGCCUCCCCAUUUGAUUCUAUCUGCGCCUCCCUUAAGGAUUGUUCUAUUGCGUCCCCAACAAAGGCCCUCCAGACUGCACGCGAGGAACGCUAUGCACGCCGGCGACUCAGAAGAGGGUCAGUGUCGCCCCCCCCAGCGUCGCGCCCCUCAGAGUUGGCCCCCUCAGCGUCGCCAUCCCCGGUCAUGGACCUGGACCUUUCCCCAGCGACAGAGGUCCCAUCAUCUCCCCGUGUACCCCAAUCCCCGGACCCCCGUGAUUCUCCAGGCUCAUCCGCGGUCCACUCACCUUUUACCGCUGAAUCUCCUCUUCCGUUCAUGAGCACUGGAGAUGAAGUUCCUUCCUAUCUCCUUUCUCCAACCGUACAGGAUAUGUCAUCCCCACAGGCCAUGGCAUCCCCAAUGGCCAUGUCAUCCCCACAGGCCAUGGCAUCCCCAAUGGUCAUGUCAUCCCCACAGGCCAUGGCAUCCCCAAUGGUCAUGUCAUCCCCAAUGGCCAUGCCAUCCCAAAUGGACAUGUCAUCCCCACAUACACCGGAAUCCCCCAGUGGCUCUCCAGGGUCAUCUGCCGUGCACCCCCCCUUUGGCUUUGAAUCCCCAACCCCGCUCAUGCGCCGCGGACGCUUGGUUUUUCCAUCCAUUCUGUCCCCGAUUCUAGAGGUCCCGUCAUCUUCCCCUGCGUCCGAAUCACCCAGCGUGUCUGCAGUUUUAUCAGCGUGGAUGCUACCUUGCACGUUGGGUUCUCCAACCCGUUCCAUUUCCAUGCUGGGUUCUCCAAUUCCUUCCCUGUUGAGUUCUCCAACCCCGUUCAACCGCUUUCGCUCUCCAAUUGCAGAGGUCGCGUCGUCCAGCGAUGUAUCCGAAACCUCUAGUAUCUCCAUGGAGUCAUCAGCGGUGAACUCACCUUUUGAAUCGCCAACUUUGUCCGCGCGCCCUGGAUUUUCAGACGCUGCCCGCGUGCUGUUCCCAAUGGCGGAAGCCAUGUCGGCUCUGGAAAUAGUCUCCCAAAGAUCCACCCCCGAUAUGGUCCCGCCAGAAUCCGACAUAUUUUACACACCGGCCACGGUCCCGCCGGCGCUGGAAGCGGCCGUGACCCCGGCGGAGUCAGAGCCAGCCGAGGAUUCGUCCUCGACUGGCUCUGACUCCCCGGCGGUAGCCGCAAAACUACCCAAACCAUUGGCCCCUACACUUCAUCAUCCCGAUGAAACGCCUGCUGAUACCGUUAUUUUCAGUCCCGAAAACCCCUUGGAACCCCACGGAGAGAAUCCCCAUAUCGAUGAGCCACUCGGCGGCCCAUCGGCUCAGCCAACCAGCAUACGUACGUUGCUCAAGCCCACCCGGCGCCAGCCCACCCGAGGUCCACUCCGGAUGAAAGCAUUUCACUAUGGCUCCGCAACCGAACGUCUUUCCUCGGACCGUCUCGCCGACCCCAAUGGCAAAAAGCUGACAAAUGCCCCAGAUGAAUCCCGGAAACGCAGCCGUGUUGACGAACAGGAUACCCCGAUGAAGCGUCACAAACAUACACGUCCCACAACCCGUCAUGGUUCGAUGAUACGCACUCGUCCACGUACAACUUAUGCAGACCGGACCCGACGACGCCAAGCCGAAGUUGGUGGACGAAUCCAUUCCACCAUAUAUCGUGUUCCCGAAUAUCUGGCGCAGCAACGUGCAGAUGCGAGGUCUGCUCCCCCCUCUAACACUGAACCAAAUGACCAGGAUACGACUUCCCCUGGCGGUGCUCACCCCACUGAGAACCCCAUUCCUCCUCCCGAAGCGCCCACUCCUUCCGAAGCGCCCAAUACCCCUGGAUGGGGACGAUGGAUGGUUGACGGAGUCUCCCGGCGUUUGACAGGCCUUGUGGGUAGACCAAGCUCGCCGCAGGUAGCAAAUGCUCCGCACUCCUUAGCUACCGAGCUUGUGCAACAGCCAGUGCAAAAUGAAGCUGGGCGUGAUCGAGCUGACGAGAACGUGAAUCACGGAGGCGUUCCCACGUCGCCCCCUGCAACGUCACCAACUCGCGACUCGUCCACCUCCGCGUCUCGUGCGAUAGUGGCCUCAAACCCGAAUUCGCCUGUCGCAGGCACUGCCGGAUCGCGCAAUAGAUAUGGAAAUUACGAUCUUUUCGGCGCUGGCUUUACUGCUGAGCAGCGAGCCCGCUGGUACAUCAAUGCAGCACCUGUCUCAUUGGCGCCUGUGUCUACUGCACCUGACUCUGCUACGCCUGACUCUGCCGCGCCUGACUCGGCUCCAGCGCAGUCUCCCCCACAACAAACCCCAACCCACGAAGCACAGGUUUCCACGAAGCGCAAACGACAGCCAACCCCCGACGUCAUUCCGAACCCACCGGGCUGUAGCUAUGGGCUUAAUGACGAAUACUUCAUCUACUCUGACGAAGAUUGGGAUGCGCAGGAGGCCAACGACGCGAAAUCCACGCCUAGCAAGGAGCAAGGCACCUCUAAAAAGGCUCGCAUCGAAAGCUCACCAAAAUCCAACCAUCAGGGCCAGCUUGAGACCCCUGAUCAAUCUUCCAGCCCCGAGAAACGUGCCUCUAAGAGAGCGCGUGUUGAACGCCCUCCAAACUUCAACUACUCCGGCCACUUUGAGGUCCCGUACUCCAGCUCCGAGGCGUCUGGCUCGACCCAAAGCUCUCCUCUCCCAACGGCUGGUCCACCCUCCAGCCCAGCAAAGCGUGGUUCCAGAAGAUGGCGCGGCGAACGCCCCCCAAACUUCAACUAUUCUGGCCACUUUGAGAUGCUCUCUCCCCAGAUGACCACCAGCAAGGCCCUCGGGUGA